AUGACUGACAAUGGAAACGUUCAGAGGAGAGCAUAUUCAUGGAAUAACGACUUCAAUAUAGUCUACGUUGACAAUCCUGUUGGGUCAGGAUAUAGUUUCACCGAAAAUGACGCUGGUUAUGCCCAAAAUUAUGAUGAUGUUAACCGAGACUUAUAUGAAGCUCUGAGACAGUUGUAUAAACUCUUCCCUCAGUUUGAAAACUUGCCACUUUAUAUAGCUGGUAGUUCGUAUGCGGGCAGAUUCGUUAUAAGCUUGGGUUACAAAAUCCAUAAGACCCAAGAGGAAGCAACAAAAGCCGGCACUAGACCCCCGGUGAACAUCAAACUCGGUGGACUGGCUAUGGGAAAUGCCUUCAUUGAUCCUAUCACCCAAAUUGACUAUGGAGACAACCUCUUCGGAUUAGGACUGAUCGACGAAGAUGGACUUGCAAACUUCAAAAAACUGGAAGCUGAAAUACGCGCAUGCAUCGAAAGGAACGAUCAUGCUUGCGUAACUAGAGUAUCUGAAAGACUUUGGACAAACCCGUUGAGCAGUACUGACGGAACUAUCAUUGAAGAUCUUACUGGGUACAGGUUCUUGUUCAAAUUCGUGGUAACAGAGCUAGACACGGCUUUAUCCUAUGCUUGGUUGAACUUCGUCCAACAACCUAGCACUCGGAGGGCCAUCCACGUUGGUAAUGGUAGCUUUCUUCUUAUCAUACUAAAGCCGACACCUUAG